AAGCCAUGGAAAGCGCGGGAGGAGCGGGAGAGCGCAGCUCCGAACCGGGCCGGGAACCGGGGAGAUGGGCGGGGGGAACCGAGGGCAACUGGAUGGCCACUCACCCCACGUUCACAGAAAUGAUGUCUCUGGAGAUAUCCAACAGUACUCAGAUCUAUGCUGCAUUUCUGGUGUACCUGGAUCUCUUGGAAGGGAGGAACUGGCAUGAAGUGAAGCACGUUGGAGUAGGAGAACUGCAGCUCAUCUGUCUGCAUGCACGUGAAAGAGAGCAGGAAAGCUUCCAGGUGAUGGUGCCAGUGCCUGCACACCUAUCACUGAGCCAUGAGAGGAUAAGAGAAAUCCUGGAGAAAGCAUCUCUCCCACCAGAGGAUCCUGACACCCCCCUGUCAGUUACCUUGGCCAUAGUUGAGACAGAUUCCACAACAGUCUACUACAAAGUGACUGAUGGCUUUGUGAUACCAGAUCCUCCUGACAGUGCCAAAGAUGUGGACAAUAAACUGUGGAGAAAGAAAAGAAAGAAGCCUUUCAAAUGAUGAAGACAAACAGACUUCUUAAACUACUGUCCUCAAACCUAGACAAAUCCAGGAACUUAGGUAUGUAAAUAAAGAGUCUACUAAAGGCUGCCUUCUGCACAUCAAGCAUCUGUUCAGGGAGAAUGGAGCCUUGUGCAGCUGCACUGUAAUGAAAUGCCAUUUAGAUUAUAAAGUGGGUCAUGCUUUUGAGACAGAUUGCUCCUGACUAAUAAACACACUCA